CUUUGAAAAAAUAUCUGGGCACAGCUGGCAUUUCCACUGAACAACAGCCACCAUGGAGCUGCGUCUCUCUGCUUGUGUCCUGCUGGUACUUUGCAUGACUUGGAGUGUAAAUGGAGGAAAGAUUUUAGUAUGGUUUACUGAAGGCAGCCACUGGAUUAACAUGAAGCCGGUGCUGGACACGCUGAUCGACAGAGGACAUCAGGUGACAGUCCUGGUCCCAAGCUCAUCAUUAUUCAUGAACAGCAGUGAACCCUCACGUUUUCGCUACGAACCCUUCAAUGUCUCUGUUUCAGUGGAGGACUUGGAGAAACUGUUGAAUGACUUCCUUGAAUUCUCCAUGUAUGAGAUGGAUCAUAUGAGCUACUUGCAGAUUUACAUCAGAGUCAUAGAGUUAAUGAAGAAUGAAAUGAAGAAUUCUUUACAAGUAUUGGACGGUGUGCUGAAAUCAGAAACCAUGAUGAAGAAGUUGAAGGAGGGAAACUAUGACCUUCUCCUGUCUGACCCCAUUUACCCUGGCAGUGACUUAGCCGCAGACAUUCUGGGCAUUCCCCUCAUCUUCUCCUUGCGCUUCUCCUUAGCUAAUAACUGGGAGAGGCUGUGUGGUCAGGUACCUGCUCCACCUUCCUUUGUUCCUGGUGCUAUGAGCAAACUUAGAGACAAGAUGGAUUUCUCAGAGAGGAUAUGGAAUGUUCUCUUCUACACUGUGCAGGACGUUCUGAUGGAGUAUGCCAUGUGGAAAGACCUAGAUAAAUAUUACUCUGAAAUUUUAGUGUGGUAUACGGACGGCAGCCACUGGAUUAACAUGAAGCCGGUGCUGAACACGCUGAUCGACAGAGGACAUCAGGUGACGGUCCUGGUCCCAAGCUCAUCAUUAUUCAUGAACAGCAGUGAACCCUCCCGUUUUCAUUAUGAACCCUUCAACAUCACUGUUUCAGUGGAGGACUUGGACAAACAGAACGACGACUACUUUGAAUUCGCCAUGUAUGAGAUGCAUGAUAUGAGCUACUUGCAGUUCUACAUCAGAGUCAUAGAGUUAAUGAAGAAUGAAAUGAAGAUUUCUUUACAAGUAAUGGACGGUGUGCUGAAAUCAGAAACCAUCAAGAAGAAGUUGAAGGAGGGAAACUAUGACCUUCUCCUGUCUGACCCCAUUUACCUUGGCAGUGACUUAGUAGCAGACAUUCUGGGCAUCCCUCUCGUCUUCUCCUUGCGCUUCUCCUUAGCUAAUAACUGGGAGAGGCUGUGUGGUCAGGUACCUGCUCCACCUUCCUUUGUUCCUGGUGCUAUGAGCAAACUCACAGACAAGAUGGAUUUCUCAGAGAGAAUAUGGAGCGUUCUCUUCUACACUGUGCAGGACGUUGUGGUGGACUAUGUCAUGUGGAAGGAAAUGGAUAAAUAUUACUCUGAAGUCAAAGGAACACCCACCAGUGCCUGUGAGAUGAUGGGCAGAGCAGACAUCUGGUUGAUGAGAACCUACUGGGAUUUUGAAUUCCCUCGUCCUCUCCUCCCCAACUUCAAAUAUGUUGGUGGGAUCCACUGCAGACCUGCUAAACCUUUACCAAAGGAAAUGGAACAAUUUGUCAAUAGUUCUGGAGAUGCUGGCAUCGUGGUCUUCACAUUAGGAUCCAUGAUCAAGAACAUCACCACAGAGAAGGCAAACAUGAUAGCUGCAGGCCUCGCUCAGAUCCCUCAAAAGGUUCUGUGGAGAUACAGUGGAGAAAAACCAAAAACUCUGGGUCCCAACACCAAAUUAUAUGACUGGAUCCCUCAGAACGACCUACUGGGUCACCCUAAAACCAGAGCUUUCAUCACUCAUGGAGGCACAAAUGGGAUUUACGAGGCCAUCUACCACGGUGUUCCAAUGGUGGGCAUCCCACUGUUUGCUGACCAGCCAGAUAACAUGGUCCACAUGAAGGCUAAAGGAGCUGCAGUCACUGUGGACCUGAACUUCAUGAAGAGUGAGGACCUUACAGAUGCCAUCAACACGGUCAUCAAUGACAAAUCGUACAAGGAAAAUGCUAUGCGACUGUCCAGUAUCCACCACGACAGACCCAUGAGUGCCCUGGAUGAGUCCGUGUUCUGGAUCGAGUUCACCAUGAGAAACAAAGGGGCAAAGCACUUGAGGGUCCAGGCCCACCAGCUCACCUGGUACCAGUAUCACAGCCUGGAUGUCAUAGCCUUCCUCCUCACCAUAGUUCUGCUCCUGAUAUUCCUCUUUGUCAAGACCUGCAGCUUCUGCUUCCAGAGGUGCUGUGGCAGGAAAGGAAAGACAAAGAGAAAGGCUGAGUGAUGGACUGAACAUAAGUGUGAUUGAUAAAGAACUGAUGCGUGAAUAAACUGGUUGUGUUAUUGGUGGAAAAACAUGCAACUUAUCCUGGAUUGGAGAAUUUUUCACCAGUUUCAAAGUUGUUAAAAAUAAUGUUUUGGUUUGCUCUUUUAAAUAUUAAUUUCUGACGUGUGCUAAUUUGCAUAACUGCACUGGAUGUCAGUUUCACAUGAAAUUCUGAAUGUUUAUUGGCUGAUGUGAAUUUAAGAAAAAAAAGAAAGAAAAAAAAUCACAAAGUUACUUAAUUCUGUGCCUUUACUUGAAUAAUACUGAUGUCAGGUUUUCUCAGCACACUAUAGUGUCAUCACAAAUAUUUCUACCAACAUGGACAAAUGAACUGAAAAUAAAGCUUUUACGCAAAUUAAGUGAUGUAAUUAAACCAAAAAUUAAAUAGCCUUUCAUGUCUCAGAGCUGACAGAGCAAUCAUAGAAACAGACAUGACAUUCAUGCAUUACUGUGUUUGUUUUUUCAUGUAUGAACAGUGAAGAUUGUUUAUUUCCUUUCCAGAAUUUUUCAGUUUUCCCAUCUUCUCCGACUUUCUCAGAAAUAAAAUCUCUGUUCUGCUUCAAA